GGAGCUGAAAUUCUGCGGAGCCGGAGUGGGAUCGCUCUGUAAGGCACACAGUGGUUUGCAGAGCAAUAGCAGCGGACGGAGCUCCCUGCCGCGGAUAAGGAACAGCUGCAGUCGCUGUAAAUGUGCCUGAAAAGCAAUUUCCAAUCUUUGCAUUAGGCGUUUCGCCGUGGAACCGCGGGGGCGGAGGACUGGAAGUGAGCGCUGCCCAGGAGAGUCUGACCUGCCCGGACCACGGCUCCCGGGACGCGGUGUCCACUGCCCAGCGUGCGGGAUCGGCAGAGCGCUUCGGCCUGCGCGGGACGACGUCCACCCGCCUCGCUCUGAGAAGCACCCGGACUUGCUCCUCUCGCCCCGCGAAAGCGGGUGGAAGCCCCUCCCCCACCGGCGCCCGCGACGUGGAUCCUCUCGGCAGAAGCCGCCCUUGCCCGCCGGCCUCGCGGGUAGCCGAGGGAGCCGAGCGGCGCCCCGCGCGCACACCUCCUCCCCGCGCCCAGCUCGCGUUCCCGAGGCUCGGAGAGCCCGGGCGAAGGGACUUCCUAAGCUGGUUCUCGGAAGGGGCUGCAGGCGCGGAGCCCCAGGUGGAUGCAGCUGAGCCGCCGGGCGCACCCGAGCCGGGAGAGGUCGCGGCAGAGCCGCACGCGGCAGCCGGAAGGGGGCCGCGGGGCGCUCGGCGGGGCGGCAGGGGCGGGCCUGCGCGCCGCGGCUCUGGCGAUGCCCCCGCGUCCUCUCCGCCGCGGUUGAUGCGGCGCCGCCCUCCGCCCGCACCGGGACCCGGGCCGGGCCGCACGGCGAGGGCCCCCGCCGCCGCUCCGGCCUGGGAUUUCAGAUGCAUGCCAGGUUUCCACUGAUUGCCAGAAUUCAAGAUCACCACACAUGGAUCCCCCAAAUCAGCAUGGCAGUGGCAGUUCGGUAGUUGUGACCCAGCAGCCUUCUUUGGAUGGCCGUCAGAGGACAGACAAUGAGAGAGAGAUUCAGCCUGCUGCUAUUUUGUCCCUAGACCAGAUCAAGGCCAUCCGAGGCAGCAAUGAGUACACCGAAGGGCCCUCCGUGGUGAAGAGACCUGUUCCUCGGGCCGCACCCAGACCAGAAAAGCAGGAGAGGACGCACGAGAUCAUACCAGUCAAUGUGAAUAACAGCUACGACCAGAGGCCCGGCGGCCACCCGGGGCUCGCGGGCCUGCUGAGCAACGCCCGGGGCCCGGUUCUGAGCAGGUCCACCAGCACUGGAAGCGCAGCCAGCUCUGGCAGCAGCAGCAGCAGCAGCGCCUCCUCCGAGCAGGGGCUGCUGGGAAGGUCCCCCCCAGCCCGACCCGGGCCCGCACAGAGGUCGGAAAGGGCGGUGCGCACCCAGCCCAAACAACUGGCUGUGGAUGACAUGAAGGGUUCCUCGAAAGAGGACCCGGCCCAGCACAAGUUCAUCUGCGAGCGAUGCCGGAAGUGCAAGUGCGGCGAGUGCACGGCGCCGCGGGUCCUGCCGUCCUGCCUGGCCUGUAACCGGCAGUGCCUGUGCUCGGCCGAGAGCAUGGUGGAGUACGGGACCUGCAUGUGCCUGGUCAAGGGCAUCUUCUACCACUGCUCCAACGACGACGAGGGCGACUCCUACUCCGACCACCCGUGCUCCUGCUCGCAGUCCCACUGCCGCUCGCGAUACCUGUGCAUGGGAGCCAUGUCGCUCUUCCUGCCCUGCCUGCUCUGUUACCCCCCGGCCAAGGGGUGCCUGAAGCUCUGCAGGGGCUGUUACGACUGGGUGCACCGCCCGGGCUGCAGGUGCAAGCACUCCAACACUGUCUACUGCAAGCUGGAUGGCUGCCCCUCCGGCGCCCAGGGCAAGCCCUCAUGAUCUUUGGCUCGGUGGCACCUGCUGGGUUUCCGGCUCUCAAGCUGUGGCUGUGGAGACAGGUCCUGGUAGAUGCCAAGCUUCUUUUCUUUGGGAUUUCCCUGCUUCCUGCCUUCUGCUCCCCUGUCCCAAGGUCUGACUCAUGGAGUUUACACUUCUCUUGUGGAUGAUCUUUGCUGAGAGGGGUCGGAGACUGCACCUGACUUCCACCAGCGGCUGGAGUGCCCAGGGCCGAGGGCUUCUGGGUGACCUUUUUGUUUUGCAAGUGGCUCUCCAAAGCUGUGUUCCCACACAUGCACCCCAGACUGCAGUGACCCACGGCUGUCUGACUGACUUUGGUGGGAGCAGGGAAAUCGGCUUUGAAAGGGGCAGCUGUUGGUUGCGGAAGAAGCUGUGUCUCAAGUCUCUCUGCAGUUAGGGGCGUCUUCCUAGCAUGCAGUGAGUCGAGGGGGGAGCUAUGGUUGCCGUGACGUGGAAGUUUCCUUUAACUGCUGCCAGCUGCUCUGCCCCUCCCUCAGUCUGCUGGGGUUCUGUUGGGGGUGUUUCCUCCUCUGUGUGAUUUUAGGUUGGCUUCACAGUGAAUCCUUACGAUGGAGGUACCUCACGUACCUCCCUGUUCUUGCCCAGCUUUCCUGGCUGUGAGGGUCUCAGCCGCCCUCCUCCACACCCCAUGCUCUUCACCAAAUCUUUGUGCUGGGGGCUCUUGGUGACAGGCAGUGGCUGGCCGUCUGUGGGUGUCACAGAGCUGAGCUUCCUGGAGUGGUCUUGGCUCCUUUACGGUUGCUCCUUUGGGCCCCUUGGGUAGUUAGCAGCUGGGUGAUUCUGAUCUAUUCUGUGUUUUCAUUGCCUUAACCACAAAUUGUGGUGCUUUUUGUAUAUUUUAUGUAUAAAUCACAAAGUUGAAUUCUGACUAUUUUUAAGACAAAAGUCUGUUAAACUUUUUUAUUGUAAAGAAUAUUUAUUAUGCGAAUCUAUUAUUUUAUGAUAUUUAUUACAAAAGACUGUUGAAAUGUACUCCUGUCUGAAUAUAACAAACUAUCAAUACUUAACGGAAAAUAAAGUGACACGAAGAAAGUACGUAUGUUAACUAUAAUGCAGAAAAUAUAUUAAUUAAUGAAACUGUC